UUGUCCUCCACACCACUGCAGAUCCUGUUUCAUUUGAACGGCUGGUAUUUUGCAGCGUUCUUCAUCGCUGAGAUUCUUAUGUUUAUCUACAAAGGGGUGAUCCUCCCUUACCCACAGUCCAAUCUGAUAUUGGAUGUUGUCCUGCUGCUCCUCUUCUUGGGCCUGGAAACCCUCAGACUCUUCUAUGGCUGGAAGGGAAACCUGUGUCAGCGCACUCUGGCUCUGUUUGUGAGUGUUGGUAUUCUGGUGCCCUGUGCGGUGCUGAGCGUCUACUACCUGCUGCUGCAGACCUUCGUCUUACGGCUGGAGUUUGUACUCAAUGCUGUGCUGCUCUGCUUCUACAGCUUUGAACUGGUUCUGGGGCUCAUGACCAUCUCUGUUUUUUCAAGGGCCAGCGUUUAUUAAGUCCGUCUGCUUUUUGGAUGUCAGGAUGAAAACACUGAACAGAAUAAGCUGCAGUCUUUCAAACUGAGAGCUGUCAACAGUUGCCUUUUUUUUGCAAUAC